AUGGUUGAAACUGUUGCCCAAGAGUGUGAAGGGGGUACCUUUGGCUUGGAUUGUCUUCAGCAAUGUCAUUGUGCUCAAGAGGCUUGCGAGACGAAGAGGGGUCUAUGCAAUGGACAAUGCCUUGAUAGCUGGAUUGAACCGUACUGCCUUCAAGGAAUAUCCAGAUUAGUUCCAGUGAGAGUGAACCCAUACCAACCAUCUAGCUUCACAUGUUAUGUUGAGGGUAUCCCACUUCCCGAUGCAUCCUCAGUUGAUCUUUACAGACGUACUGGAAGCACCAAUAACAGGACAGGAAUCACCAGGAGAUCUACCACUGUCUCAGGGUCAGAACGAGCUGUUGUCUUUGAUGUUGAUAGUGUGUAUCCACUGGAAUCUGGGGAAUACGUUUGCUUUUUUACUUUUGAAAGUAAAAGCUCUCACAGGACGCCUGUUACCAAUGCAACCUAUGUUCUGCCAGUCAUUGAGAAUGCACCAGUUAUAGUGAGCACCACGUCAACUACAAUUGGUCUUCAAUGGAACGCAUGGUCUGCAGAAGACGACAUAGGUGAUCCUCCUCUGGUAGGAUAUGAUGUCUUUGUCGAGAAGGAUGGUGACUGGUUAACGGAUCAGAGAGUAGAGCAACCCACAGCAUCAGCCAUCGUUAGUAACCUGACACCCGACACAGAUUACAGGCUUCGUGUGGCAGCAGUGAGGGAAGGAGCAGGUGGAACAGGACCCGAGUCUCCUAGGAGCGACACAAUAAAUCUCUGUAGAAAACCCAGUGCUUCUCCAACUGGACUACAAGUUUCAGCCAUGAACCCUAAAGAGCUAGAGGUGAUAUGGGAGCACCUCCCCUCGGAAUCAGCAGAAUGCAGGAGUGGAGUGACCCAUUAUAUGAUCUACUACGCUCCAACUGGAUCAACUUCUUCAAACUCUAUCUUGGUUCGUAAUGACACAAGCUCUUACACGUUAGAAGGGUUGGAUACUUAUUUGGACUAUACCAUUCAAUUGACUGCAUCAAAUAAAGACGAGGAGAGUGACCGGAGCAGUGAGACGGUCAGCAGAACACUUGAAGAAGUUGCACCUAGUCCUAUCAAUUUGGCUAUACCGCAGAGUACUACAAACUCCUUCACUGUAUCCUGGUCUACCCCUCUACCACCUAACAUCAAUGGUAACAUCCAGAAGUAUGUCGUCCGCUACCAGCAAAUUGAUCCCGUUGAUGGUGACUAUACGUCAGAGGAAGUAUUGAAUGGUGCGUUUGAACAUACUGUGGUCGAUCUGACAGCAAAAACAAACUACUCAGUCCAGGUACAGACUGUUAAUGGAGCUGGUUCUAGUAAUUGGUCAGAACCUGUGACUGCUGAGACGAUACAAUCAGGUCCUGUUAAACUGACAGCUGGGGUAGCCGUUGGCGCCAUUCUGAUCAUUUUGAUUAUCAUCAUUGUAGUCAUCAUCGUGUUCAAACGACGAAGGAAUGAUAGUAAUCCGUCUAAAAAAGAAAACAUCGAGGACCAAUUUCAGGCACCUUUGGAUUUUCAAGACACGCCAUUAAAAGGAAAUGACAACAUUGGACACGCCUCCGUUUCGAACCCACACCAUUCACCUCCAAGGAGCACAAGACCCAAACCAGCUGUAGCCAUGAAGCCCUUUGUACGGGAAACGAAGUCCUUAGACCUCGAUUCAACCGAUGGAUCUCCCGACAGGUCUAGCAACAAACCGAUACCCCUGGCUCAGUUUCCUGCUUUCGUCAACAAGAACAGACACACCGCGCUCUUCUCCGAGGAAUUUCAUGAUUUACCUGGCCCAAACAUCUAUCCUCAGACCGUGGCUCAAGAGGAGAUCAACUUCACGAAAAACAGAUACAAGAAUAUUUUACCAUAUGAUUCGGCGAGGGUGAAGUUAGAAGUCAUCGACAAUAAUCCUCAUUCCGAUUACUUUAACGCUUCUUACAUUCCCAGUUUUGACAAUGACAGGGCUUACAUUGCAUCACAAGGACCGAACAAGGCCUCUAUGGAUGAUUUCUGGAGGAUGGUCUGGCAGGAGAAUGUGACGACUAUUGCCAUGGUAACGAAGCUGAAGGAAGGAGAUAAGGGGGACGACUGCAGGACCGUAACUCAGUUCCACUUCACAGAGUGGCCUGACAAGGGUGUUCCUAAACACACCUCAUCACUGCUCAAGUUCAUCAAGGAAGUCAAAGCUGAUCAUGGACAGUUCACUCAUCCUCUGAUCAUUCAUUGCAGUGCUGGUGUUGGGCGAACAGGCGUGGUGAUCAGUAUUGAUAGCGUCGUAGCUCACGCCAAGACAACUAGAAUGGUAGAUGUCUUCAACUUCGUAAAGAACAUCAGACAGAAACGACCAUACAUGGUCCAAACACAGGAGCAGUAUGCCUUCAUCUACGGGGCUGUCCUGGAGGAUCUUCUCUGGAGGAAUACCCUGAUCCCUGUCGUUCAUUUCACUGAUCAUCUACAAGACUUACACUCUUCAGGCGAUGGACGUGGACGGUCCAAGAUGACCAAGGAGUUCCAGACUUUGAAGAGCCUCUGUCCAGAUCCUCCGGCUUCUCAAACAAGAUCAGGACGCACUCGAGAUAAUCACCCCAAGAAUAGAUACGGAAACAACCUACCAUUGCAGAGGAAUCGUGUGAUACUAGACUCCCCAGAUCAUGAUUACAUCAAUGCUAGUCAAAUGAAGGGGAUCCACUGUACCUUCAUGACAACCCAGAUGCCACUGCCAACCACUGUGUCUGAUUUCUGGUCUCUGGUCCUCAACUAUAAACCAUCCACUGUCGUCAUGCUUAAUGACAAGAGCCAAAACGACAAGAGCUGUGCACAGUACUGGCCUGAUGCUAACUCGGUUCAGUUUGGAUCCUAUUCAGUUUCAACCUUAUCAACGUCAUCUGAUGGGGACAUGACCAUUCGGCAACUGAAAGUUACCAGAAACUCCAAAACGAGUCACACCGUCACUCAGUACCAGUUCCAUGGAUGGCCUAAACAUGGAUCAGAUCCACAAUUAGGGGCUAGGUCGUUGAUGAAGCUCAUCCGUGCUGUCAAAAGUUCCACUAACAAAAUGAAUGAAUUCUCCAUUCUUGUCCAUUGUUUGAGUGGUGCUGGGCGAACAGGUGUGUUUUGCACUGCUAUGGAGUGCAUCGCUCAGAUAGCUGAGGGAGAUUCCGUCGAUAUUUUCCAGACAGUCAAGAUACUGCGAGCUGACAGGAUGCAGUUCGUCCAAACUGAGGAGGAAUAUGCUUUCGUCUAUGAUGUCAUCCGUGAAUACCUGCACACUGAAAACUAUGAGCAGCUUCCAUACCCGAUAGAGGACCACACGUAUGGCAACGUAGAAAUCGACUACACACUUGAACCGGAAAAGAACCCGUAUGAGGUCACAGAUCCGCAGGAAGCAGGCGCUGCCGCACUCGUGUAUGGCAAUGUAGAGACUGAGAGGAGCCAGGACAGACCGAAGCCAGAGCCUCAACAACCGUACUCUGUAUACGAGAACGUUGCAUUUGAUUCUUAA